GGAAAACCAGGACAGAGCAGCAGCAGCAGCAGCAGCUUCUCCAGCGACAUGGACCUGCAGACGGGGCUGUCCAGAGCUCUCCUACUCCUUCUGUUCCUGCACCUGAUGCUGCUAGGUCGUUCGCACCCGCUGGGUGGCCCCAGCCCAGCCCCCCACUCGGAACUGUCCGGAGCCCAGGUGAGCAGUGCAGGACUGCACAGAGGCAGCAGGACUGGGUACCAGGCAGCUGAAAUGAACAGGCCUUCUUCGCCUGCCCUCACAGAGGUCACCCUGAGAGCCAGAGAGUGGCAAGACUGGGAGCCAGGACCCUGUGCCCAAGGGGAGUCGCCGGACCAUCUUCUGGGCACAGGUGGGAAAUUGCAGGAGGAGCAGGCCGCCCCGGAGCACCCCCAGCAGGGACGCGGGUCUAAGGCAGUCGGGGAGACCAGACGUGCAGCUUCUGCUGCCGGCCUCGGGCCCCAGGACAAAGUCCUCCGCGGCCCCAAGAGGAUGCGUGACUCAGGCUGCUUCGGCUGGAGGAUGGACCGCAUCGGCUCCUUCACGGGUCUGGGCUGCAAUGUGCUGAAGAGGCAUUAG